AUGUCUUCCAACUCGAUUGUGGAAUUAUACCCACACCCAAAUUUGAGACCUUCAUCGAAUGAUGUGUUUUUAAAACAUAUAACAUUAUUAGAUGCACAAGCUCAACAGACAUUACCGAAACUGACAAUUCCAAAAGUACUUGUCCUUUAUACAGGCGGUACAAUUGGUAUGAAAGUAUUACGUAAUGCAUAUGAACCCGUAGCAAAUUUUUUACUUUCUGCACUACGUGGAAUGAAUAUUAUGCAUGAUACUCAAUUUGCCGAAACAAUGAAUGAAAUUGAUCCUGCAAAAUCUUUUCUUUAUUUACCACUUGCAAAUGAAGAAUGCAUUGCAUAUUAUAUUAAAGAAUAUGUUCCAUUACUUGACUCAGCGAAUAUGACAUUUGAUAAUUAUAUUCAUAUUGCACUUGAUAUUAAAGCAAGAAGAAAAUUUUUAAUAAAGAAAACAAUUUCUUGA